GCCGCCGCAGCCGCGGAGCCGCGAGCAGCGCCGGCCGGGCCGGGAUGUGACGGGGCGGCUGCCCCGCGCCCGCUGCGCCGCUGCCCCGGGCCCGCGGGCCCCGCGCCCCGGGAGGCUGUCGGGGGGCGGCGGCGGCGGCGGGUCCCCCCCCGCCGCCCCCAUGUCGGAGGGGCCGCCCUACGGCGAGGGGCAGCUGGCGGGGGACGCGGCCGUGGGGCAGCUGCCCUUCCCCGUUCGCCUCCGCGGCGGCGACGGGCUCCUGGCCGGCGGGCAGGGCAAGCGGCCGCCCAAGCUGGGGCAGAUCGGCCGCAGCAAGAGAGUGGUCAUUGAAGAUGAUAGAAUUGACGAUGUGCUGCAAAACCUCUCCGAAAAGGCCCCUCCCGGUGUUUAAAGCCUCCCUGGGGACGCUGGGCUGAAGCCCGGGGUGGGGUCGGUUUACAAUGGCACAGGUGAUCGGCAAAAAAUAACAUCUCCCGACACCGCCGCGCCCGCCCGAGCUCCGGGAGCGCCGUCCGGAGACACGCGGAAGGGAAGGCGGCGAGCGAGCCAGAGCCCAGCCACGAGGUCAAAAAUGAUAAUAAAUUAAAAAAAAAAAAAAAUUAUGUAUAUCUAUGUAAUCGGGAAAAAAAUCACCUGCUUCAAAGCCCCGACUCCGAGGGAUGGACGGAGGAGUCACGGCGCGGCUGUGAAUUACUCGGGAUCGCUUUUCGUCGGGCUGAUGAAGCGUGUGCCGCGCUAGAUCGGGGGGGUAAGAGGAAAAGGGGGCAGCGGGAGAUGGAGGGGGGAACAGCCCCUGCUGGGGUCUCCCUCCGGUCAGGGUUGUUCCCGGCGGGCACCUUGUUUACAUUAUUUAACCUUGCAAAAAUGAAUCCGUGCACUUGGAUGUACCACGCUAUCCCCUUCUGUAUGAGUUUCUCUCUUCUUCUUUUUCUUCUUUUUUUUUUUUUUUUCUUCUUUUUUUUUUUAUGUUGAUGUCUUUGGAUGUUGGGAAAUUAUAUAAAAUAGAUAUAUAUAUAUAUAUAUUUAAUUUUAGUCACGGUUUAAGGUUCUCGAGGGGGGAAAACCAAAACUUUUAUAAAGGAAAGGCCUGAAGGAAGAAUUGCUGGUUUAUUUUUUAAAGCUUGUACUUGGUUGCUGUGAGCAAAGGGACAGAUUUUAUAUGUAUGGGGGGUGGGGGGGACGCUCAGCUUUUCUAACUACCAUGCAGUCUGUAGUGUGGGUGAUCUUGGGGUUUGUUUGGGGUUUUUUUUUUUGUUGUUUUUUUCUUUCCUUAUAUUGUGGCAGUUUCCUCUCUUUAAUAGACUGUAUUAAAACAUAUAUAUAAAAGAAAUUAUUCAAUGUAAUCACAAGAGUGCCAAACACUUGGAGAUGCUGGAGGGCAGCGAUUCCCUCCCUGAGAUGAGCAGCACUCAGAGCUUUCUGCUCUUUCUAGGGCUCGGUCGAUCUCUCGAGGGGUUUUCUCUGACUUCUCUUUUCUAAUCUUUCUUUUUAACUAUUUUGCAUGAUGUGCAUAAAAACAAAAGGGGAAAAAAAAAAGUGGGGGGGGGGGGGGGCAGGGGAACAAAAAGCGCCUCUGGCGCCCAGGCUUGGUUCUUGUUUCUGUUUGCGAUUGACUGACAGACCUCAAGGCAGGUUUUUCUUUCCUCCUUUUCUUAAAUAUUGUGUAUGUUGCACUUUUAUCCACUACACAGGGCUAUUUCUGCAAUGUCCGAAUAAAAAGGAAAAUGAAACAAAACG